GAUAGCUGUCCAUGUGCCAUCACUGCACAAUCAUAUCACAAUCUGAUACCCAUCAUCAAACCCUUUACUCCCCACAUUUUCAUCCAUUUCCGCCUUAUAAACCCUCUGUUACCCUCCCUUUGAUUUGGGUUUCAUUUUGUUUCCUACAAUUUCCUCUCAAUCAUGCCAAAUUUGCCUCCCAAAUUCCCAAACUUCAACACUCCAAAUCCCCCUGCACACGACCACUUCCUUUCCUUCUCGUCCCCUCGACAAAGUCUCCACCAUCGCUCCGUUAGCGACUCGAUCGCCUUCCUCGAAACGCCGACGAUGAAUCAAACCAUUUUAGGCUCGGCUGCACCAUCCAACAAUAAUGCAUUUGAUGUGUUUGAUGAAGAUGAUCAGCCAACUUCUUCCGAGGCACAUAACGAUGGAAUCACUGACUCGAAACGAGUCAAGAGAAUCUUGGCAAACAGACAAUCUGCACGAAGAUCACGGGUGAGAAAGCUGCAAUAUAUUACAGAACUGGAACAGAGUAUCAGUACAUUACAGGCCGAAGUUUCAAUGUUGUCACCACGAGUAGCAUUUCUAGAUCAACAACGACUACUUCUAAACGUGGACAAUAGUGCUUUGAAGCAAAGAAUCGCCUCCCUCUCCCAAGACAACAUUUUCAAAGAUGGAUGUGCAGCACAUGAAGAAGCAUUGAAGAGGGAAAUAGAGAGAUUAGGGCAAUUAUACCAUCGGCAACAGAAGAAUCGGAGAAUGAAUAGCAAUGGGCCGUCGCCGGUAGCAGCCGACGAGCCCAUAUCUCCGGGAGAUAAAAACCAGACGCUUCUCUAUGUUUGACCAACUUUUUUACCUUUGCUUUUUUUGUCGGAUAACAUGUUGAGUCAAAACUCAGCAGUCAAAUGUUCAAUCAACAAACUUUACUGCAGUAAAUAUUUGUUCAAAG